AUGGCAUCAUCAGCCUUGCCCACCCAUCACCAAGCCCUCGUGCUCGAAACCCUCGAAAAGGGUUUCUCUGUCAAGACCGUACCAACUCCCCAACCAGGUCCGGGUAGUGCCAUCGUACGCAUCCUCGAAGCCGGAGUGAUCUCCUACCAACGCGAGAUCUACAACGGGGAACGACACUAUGAUUUUCCAAAGCCAAUCGUUGGGGGAUUGAGUGCCGUCGCCCGCAUAGCUGCUGUAGGUGAUGAUGCAGUGGUGCUGCAGCCUGGGCAGCUCGUCUGGAUGGACUGCGUGAUCCACGCGCGAGACAACCCGGACUCUCUGUUUCUCACGGCCAUCCAUGAGGGUAUGGACGCUGGGAGUCGGAAAUUGAGCAGCGAUGUUUGGCGCGACGGGGCGUUCGCCGAGUACAUGAAGGUGCCGCUGGAGAAUUGUAUUCGGCUAGACGAGAAUAGGCUGUGCCAGGAGUUGGGAUAUACCGCCCGCGAGCUGAUGUAUAUGAUGUACUUAUUGGUGCCUUUCGGCGGGCUGAGAGACAUCCGCCUCGAGGCCGGUGAGACGAUCGUUGUCUGUCCGGCAACCGGAGGGUUUGGUGGUGCGGGUGUUCAAGUCGCCGUAACCAUGGGGGCCAGGGUCAUUGCCAUGGGCAGGAAUGAAAAGGAGCUAGCCCGGUUGAAGGAGCACAUCAAGAAAGGGACGCCGGCCGCCAACAUCGAGACCGUCAAGAUGACAGGCCACUAUGAGACCGAUGUCGCCGCCCUGGAAGUUUUUGGGACCAUCGACGCCGUCAUCGACUUGACACCCCCUUUUGCAUGCCAGUCGAAGCAUCUGAAGAGUGCAAUUCGCUCGUUACGACGUGGAGGGCGGUGCAGCAUGAUGGGCUACGUCGAAGAUGUGAUCAAUUGGAACGUCAUGGCGCUGAACAUUACGUUGAAGGGGAAACUGAUGUAUGAGAGGGAGGACAUGGUAUUGUUUGUGAAGAUGUUGGAGCGCGGCUUGUUUCCACGCGGAAAAGAAUUCGUGGAUCCCAAGGUGUUUAAGAUGGAGGAGUGGAAGGAAGCGCUUGACACUGCGGCCGAGUGGACAGGUGUUGGUAAGACAGUUAUGAUUGAGCCGUAA